ACAACAUAAUAGGACACACCCUCUUCCACUCUCUCUCUCUCUCUCUCUCUCUCUCUCUCUCUCUCUCUCUCUCUCUCCACCAUCAAUCUCCCAAACCCAAAAGAGCCAGUAGCUUGAGAGAUCUUUGGCUCAUCAUCACAAUCUUCAUCAAUUAAGAACCAGGGAUCAUGAAGCAAAAGGUGGUGAUCAAGUUGUCUGCUGUGCAUGAUGAGAAGUCCAGAGCCAAAGCUAUGAAGACUGCAGUUGGGGUUGAUGGGGUGAAUUCAGCAAGUUUGCAGCAGGACAAGGGCCUAAUAGAAGUGACAGGGGAUGGAGUUGAUGUGGUUCUGCUCACAACUCUGCUCAGAAAAAGCUUGAAGCAUGCUGAGGUGGUUAGUGUGAACUCUGUGGAGGAAAAGAAGAAGGAGGAAGAGAAGAAGAAAGAACCAGAGGCAAUAAUCCAGUAUGUCAUGGGCUGCCCUCCUCAAUACCUUUGCCCUCCCUGUCCACCAUACGAAGAACCUGGUUGCUCUAUUAUGUAAUUAUUAGCUAUACAUAAAGCUAGGCAGAGCACUAUUAUUUAUGAGUAUAUAUAUAGAGGAAGUUCUCUUUAAAAAAAAAAACCCUAUAUAGAGAACGUUGGCAAAUUCAGAGUCUGCAAUUGUUCUGCAGAUUUACAUUCCAUUCUUCAAUUUGUGUGACUUUCUCUUGAACUUUGUUGUUUG